AUGAUCGUCCUCGAAAGUUUCCAUCGUCAACAGCUCCGCAAAGUGAUUGGCGUACGGUAUCCAGACACGAUCUCCAAUGCCAAGCUCUACGACCGCACCCAGACAGAGCCACUCCGAUUUCACUUGCUUCGCAGCCGAUGGAGCCUUUAUGGCCACAUCCUCCGCAGACCAGCAGGCAUCCCAGCCUACCGCUCCAUGGAAACUUUCAUUAACCCCAGUGCGACCGGCAAAUGGAGCGGCAGACGCCGACUUACGCUACCGAUGGUCCUAAAUGCCGACCUUGAAACACUUUCCCCAGGACGCCGUUUUCAACGUGUACUUCCUUCGCCUAUGUGCUCAGGACCGCGCAGCGUGGAAGGACUUGACCGAGGCGCUUGCAGCGCUCGCGCCGCUUAA